AUGAACAACUUGCCUAAACUGCUGAUAACAAAGACAAGCUUGAGGCUGCAACUGGCUCAAUUGAAUGCUGACAAUGACAAUUUGACUAAGGCCAAAUCCGUUGUUGAUGCCAAAUUGGAAGACGCUGAAAGAGAAAAAGCUGCUCUUAAUGAAGAAGUUGAAGCCGUAAUUGAGAAGUUGAGAAUUACUAAGAACGACUUGGGAAGAACUAAAACCGAACUCGACCAACUCCAACAGAAUAUUGACUACCUCAAGAAGUAUGCCGACACCGAUGCCGCUGAUAAGAAAAAACUCAAUGGAACUGUUAAUGAGAGCAAUAAGAAGAUUGAGGAAUUGAGUGCCAAAGUCGACGAACUUUCUGAUGUUAUUACAAGAAGAGAACAAGAAGUCGCUGAAGCCAAUGAAGAGCUUGAAACAGUCAAGAAGGACAAAUUUGCCAAAGAAAAGGAGGCAAAGAAGUUGAAAGCAGAAAACGACGAAAUUAAAGAGAACAUGAAGAAAUUGGCGAAUGACAAAGACCAACUUUCUUCUGAAAAGAAGAAGCUUCAAGACGAAUAUGACCAACUUAAUGACUUGGUCUCUGGACAUGAAGAUGAGACCAACAAUCUGAAUGUUGACGAAUUAAGAGACAAAACAGCUAAAGACAAGAAGAAAAUAGCACAUUUGGAACAAAAAUUGCAAGACCUUGAAUAUAGACCAGUUGGGACUUCAAAUAUCGAUCAAACAGAGGUCAACAAGAGAGACAACCAAAUUGCUGAUUUGGAGAAGGCAGUUGCUGCGUUGAAAGAUCAGAACACUCAACUUGAUGCUGCUUUUAAGAUAUGA